AUGCCCUCGUGUCUGUCUUUCCAUGUACUAGAGUACUAUGAAGGGAACCUUAUCCUCACCUCAAAUCGAAUUGGGACCUUCGAUGAGGCGUUCAAAUCUCGCGUACAGCUGACCCUCCAUUAUCCCCCGUUGGAUAGACCGAGACGCCGUCGCAUCUGGAACAGCUUCCUACGCAUGUUGCACCAGCAGACUGGUGUGGAGGUUCGGAUCGAAGAGCUGCGCGACAAGAUCGACAGUUUGAGCGGUAACAGAUUGAAUGGCUGGGAGAUUUGA